CACCUCCACCUCCCUUAACUAUCACAACACAGACACAGACACACCAUUCUACGCCAUGACUCCGCCCAGCAAGACCAUCCACAGCACUAUCGACCAGCUAAUCAACAACCUAGUGAAUAUCCGCGAUGAAUCAGGCGAGUUCCUUGCCCCCACGGCAGACGGACGGAUCAUCGACACCAAAAGCUGGGCCAGCUGGGAGUGGACGCACGGCAUCGGACUCUACGGACUAUGGAAGUACUACGAGCUCACGGGGAAGAAGGAGCUCCUGUCGAUUAUAGAAGAGUGGUUUGCCGCCCGGUUCGCCGAGGGCGGGACCACCAAAAACAUCAACACGAUGGCUGCGUUUCUGACGCUCGCGUACGUGUACGAAGAGACGCGGAACCCAAUCUACCGACCCUGGCUGGAGAGCUGGGCCGACUGGGCGAUGCACGACCUCCCACGCACAAAAUACGGCGGCAUGCAGCAUCUAACGUACCAUGACGAGAACGUCGAGCAGUUAUGGGACGACACGCUGGUCAUGACGGUCCUCCCGCUGGCCAAGAUCGGCCUCCUCCUGCAUAGAGGGGAGUAUGUCGAGGAAGCGAAGCGCCAGUUUCUAGUACACAUAAAGUAUCUGUUUGAUAGUCGGACGGGGUUAUGGUACCAUGGCUGGACGUUCGAGGAGGGCGGGCAUAACUUUGCCGGUGCGCGCUGGGCCCGCGGCAACAGCUGGAUCACGAUUGCGAUCCCCGAGAUGCUCGACUUGCUGGAUCUGGAUGGCCAUGCUGCGUUCCGUGUCCAUCUGGUCGACACGUUGAACGCGCAGUGUGAGGCCCUGCAGCGCCUCCAGGCUGAUUCGGGCGCGUGGCAUACGCUCCUCGACCAUACCGAUUCGUACCUCGAGGCCUCGGCCACGGCAGGCUUCGCAUACGGUAUCCUCAAGGCAGUGCGCAGGCGCUAUCUCGAUGCCCGCUUUCGCCCUGUGGCCGAGAAGGCUGUCCUGGCUGUGUUGGGCUUCGUGGACGAGCACGGCGAACUGCAGGGUACCAGCUUCGGCACACCCAUGGGCCACGAUCUCGAUUUCUACAAGAAGAUCCCCCUGACGGCGAUGCCGUAUGGGCAGGCCAUGGCUAUCAUGGCUCUGGGAGAGUAUUUGAGGACGUAUAUUUGAGAUUCUUUAAAAAAACUCCUAGGUAUAAGACAUACAUGUAUCUCCGAUGAAUUGAGAUAGAGAAAAGACAAAAGCUCAAUUUUUCCAAGUUCAUUUGACCUCCUUGGACGAGUAGUCUACCUGGCUCGGCUCGGCACUGCUCGUCGG